CCGGGCAGGAGGGAGGGGGGUCGGUUCCAAGAUGGCGGCCUGGUGCCUGUCACGCUGGCUGACGGUGACGGCCGGGACCCGCCGGCUCCCCUCGGCCGCGGGGAAAGGGGCCCGGCCGGCGGGGGAGGCCGUCGCCCCGCCGGGCUCGUUGGACCCUCCGGGGCGCCGUGCCAGAGCCGCCAUCGCCUUCCCGCCGCCGGGCCUGACGUGGAGGACCGUGGUCAGCCUCGCAGGAAGAAAAUGCUAUCCUUUAAUCUGUGCUGCUCCAUUUCACACGAGCUCCUCUUCCUUCACCAAAAAUGAUUAUUACCAGAUAUUAGGAGUGCCCCGCACCGCCAGCCAGAAGGAAAUCAAGAAGGCCUAUUACCAGCUUGCCAAGAAAUAUCACCCAGACACCAAUAAGGAUGAUCCUCAGGCCAAGGAGAAAUUUUCACAUCUGGCAGAAGCCUAUGAGGUAUUAAGCGAUGAAGUGAAACGAAAGCAGUACGAUACAUAUGGCUCUGCGGGCUUUGAUCCUGGAACGGGAAGCUCUGGGCAGAACUAUUGGCGAGGAGGCCCUACUGUUGACCCAGAGGAACUCUUCAGGAAAAUCUUUGGGGAGUUUUCAGGUUCUUCCUUUGGAGAUUUCCAGAGUGUAUUCGAUCAGCCUCAGGAGUACAUCAUGGAGUUGACGUUCAUUCAAGCUGCAAAGGGAAUUAACAAGGAGUUCACUGUGAGCAUGAACGAUACCUGUCAGCGAUGUGAUGGUAAAGGAAACGAACCUGGCACCAAAGUUCAACAGUGCCAUUACUGCAGUGGCACCGGCAUGGAAACCAUAAACACCGGCCCCUUCGUGAUGCGCUCGACAUGCCGGCGAUGCGGCGGCCGCGGGGCCAUCAUAACGACGCCCUGCGUCAUGUGCCGAGGAACGGGACAAACCAAGCAGAAGAAGAAGGUGGUGAUCCCCGUCCCAGCAGGAGUUGAGGAUGGCCAGACCGUCAGAAUGCCCAUAGGGAAAAAAGAAGUGUUCAUCACAUUCAGGGUGCAGAAGAGCCCUGUGUUCCGGAGAGAUGGAGCAGACAUCCACUCAGACCUCUAUAUUUCGGUAGCUCAGGCCAUUCUCGGUGGAACAGCCAGAGCUCAGGGGCUGUACGAGACUAUCAAUAUCAUGAUUCCUCCUGGGAUUCAGGCAGAUGAGAAAAUUCGGAUGGGUGGCAAAGGAAUCCCCCGAGUUAAUAGCUACGGCUAUGGAGACCACUACAUUCACAUCAAGAUUAGGGUUCCCAAGAGGCUGACAAGCAGGCAGCAAAGCCUGAUGCUGAGUUAUGCAGAGGACGAAGCUGAAGUAGAAGGGACCGUCAAUGGAGUCACAAAUACAGCCACUGGCGGCAGGACCACCGAUAGCUCCGCGGGAGGCAAGGCUAGGCCCGAGGCUGAGGCCAGGGAGAACAAGGAGGGAUUCCUUACCAAACUUAAGAAAAUGUUUAGCUCCUGAUAUCCCAACAGAGGCAAGCGUUCUACUGGAACCUAGGCACAAGAAUCGAAUCCUCUCCAUUGGAGGAAAAAAAAAGAAAUCAUUCUCUGCCAGAUGGCCUUGAAGAUGAAAGGACUCUAGGUUAGCAGUACAGCGCAACUGCAUUCAGAGGUACUGUGAACUACUUUGGCAACAAAUAAAAUCAUGUGACAGAUCCCUGCCUAGAAAAAUGGAUGGACCAGUGGUGGCAUGGGGACAGAAAUCUUAAAUGGAUGACCCUGGUUUUCUAUUGACGGAUAUGUAAUUUGAGCCACUCUGGCUCAGCAAGAAGUGGAAAUGUUGCCUGCUUAUUUUCAUUUUUAAUUUGGAGCUCAGUGUGGUGGAAAUCUUGGCCGUAGAAUGAAAAACUCCCGCUUUUAGAGCUUAAAAUGAAGCCUUAAGCUGCACGAAGCUGUGAAGUAAUUGGUUUCCUCCUCAGUUAAACCCUCUGAGGAUUUCCAGAAAGAAUCUGUUACCUCUGGCCCCCUUCCCCAGGAAUCUGGGCUCGCCUUGGUGGUAACGCUGUCCCCUCCUAUUUAAGGUUUGAUAGGCCAGGAAUCAUCAUGUAGUUCUAACUGGGUGACGGUCACUUUCUUGCUGUGUCUGAGCACUCAAACCCCGUCUUUCAGUGAGUCCCUUAAAAGAAGCACUUGGAAGGAAUCAUCAGAGUCUGCGGAGGCAGAAGAGUAUGUGGCCUAAGAGACCGGAGGUUUAAGUUGAUCACUUUUCAGUUUGUUGGCUGCUUGGGAUAAAGCUCGUUAUCAAAAUCACCCUUUCCCCCCGCCAACUCGCCCCAUCUCCCUCACACCCGAGUUUGGUCAACUGAAGGUAGUGAACAAGGGAAGCCUGAAUGAUGCCCCUUUCCAGAAUCAAAAUACUUACUAUCCACUCUGAAGGACGUAUCCCAGGGGAGAGAGAAAAAUUGUCACGGAAAAACUGGCUAACCUCCAGCCAUCGACAGGGGUCAUCACCUCUUUCAAGAAGGAAAUUCAGUGCCAGAGAAAUAUCCUUAAAUUAUUUAAGAACUACUGUCGCUUCAUCCGUAUGUUUGUUUCAAAAUAAGUAAUCCACCUAGUUGGAUUUUUCCAGAGUCGACCUGAAGCAAAAGGUAACCGAUUUCAUAGCCACGGCCUGUUGUUUGAUGUUAGUUUCCAAAGUGUCCGAAAGUCUGUAUGCUAAAAUUUUGACACGGUAACAAAGAGAGUCUCUGACUACCCCCCCCCCCCUUUAGUUCAUUUUUAAUUUGCUAAAAUAAAGCAGAUAUUGAUGCCUAAUUACAUAACAUCUGUAAAGUGAUUCUGUAUUGAUGUAAAUAAGAUUAUAUACUGCUAAAAGAUAUUUAAAAUCUAA